CUCUGGGAGAGAAGGGAGAAGGCGCGGAAGGCGCGUCGGAGCCGGGUGAGGAGGUUGUGGCAGCGGGCGACAUGGACAACGCGGGGAAGGAGCGUGAGGCGGUGCAGCUGAUGGCGGAGGCUGAGAAGCGAGUCAAGGCCUCCCACUCCUUCCUCCGAGGGCUCUUUGGAGGAAACACAAAAAUAGAAGAGGCUUGUGAAAUGUAUACCAGAGCUGCAAAUAUGUUCAAGAUGGCUAAAAAUUGGAGUGCUGCAGGAAAUGCAUUUUGUCAGGCAGCCAAGCUCCAUAUGCAGCUUCAGAGCAAGCAUGAUUCUGCCACCAGCUUUGUGGAUGCUGGCAAUGCUUACAAGAAGGCAGACCCUCAAGAGGCUAUCAACUGCUUAAAUGCAGCCAUCGACAUUUACACAGACAUGGGAAGGUUUACGAUCGCAGCCAAGCACCACAUCACCAUUGCGGAGAUCUAUGAGACCGAACUGGUAGACAUCGAGAAGUCAGGAGAUUGCCGGCAGGGCUCAGGGCACCUUGGCAAGAGGAAGACAUUUGUCAGACUCCGGAGGCUGCCUCAGAUCUGGAGACAGAUGUUUGUGUAA